CAUGCCAACAAUGGCAAUUGGCUCGAGAGAGCCAGGGCCGGCGCGAUGGCCGAACUCAUCGGAUGUAUUACUAUCAUUAUCGCUGAGAACAGACCAUGGGGAUGAGGAGAGUCUGUCACUGUCCGCAGACUCACUCUCUGCCCUCUCAAGAGGGACUCUGGACGUAUCGCUCGACAUAUUAUGGUGUGGUAUAUCAGGAAGAGAACGGAAGCAGAGUCGUCGUCAAUCUUCUGCUAUUGCAUUGGGUAUUGGGCAGGUAAUAUUCACGGAGUUUCUCGCGGAGAAAAAUGGAAAAAGAAAAAGCACUGGCCCACAAGUACCUAUGUAGAAAGGCUGGGUCAAUGUUAUAUCAACUUCCCGUUGGAGGAGUAUUUUUGCAGCUCUCGACCCGCGGGCUCAGGUUCCUUUAGGGCUUGCCAAAUCC